AAAAUUUUGAAGGAUAUAACCCACAAGACAAGAUGUCAAAGAGAAAGGAGAUGACCAUUUCGGCUCUCAUAUCGGAGGAGUCCCCGGACCACACGCCCCAGUCGGACAUUAGCUCGCAGCUCCAACCAACCAUAAAGCCGGGUUCUCCCAAGCCCGAAGUGAUCUUGAUCCUCGAUGAGGACGAGGAGAAGAAGCCCCAGCCGAUUGCCUUGGCCCCACAGCCAACCCCUUCCCUGAGCCCCGGAGGGCCCAGUAGCCUAUUUGCACCGGAGCUGAAGACGAAGACUCCGAUAUCGAUUCUCAACCCGGUUGAGCCAGAUAAGAAGAAAAAGCGUCCGACUGAUGAAACCACCGACGCCCCUAAGAAGCCGAAAGGGGGACGUCCGUCAAAGAUUGCCCACAUUUUGGCCACGCUUCCAGCCGAGACGCCUGUGCCUCCGAAGGUGGAGGUCCCCAAGCCAUCGUUUGUGAACGUGACAGAGGAAAAGAAGGCCGAUGAACCCGGGAGUCUUCUAGCAUCGUUAAUGUCACCCGGAAGGAAUGUAGCUGCGAAACCCACGGCAGAAGAGACGAAAGAGCCCAUCAUCAUUCUCGACGUGCCGCUAAAUGCCCCUGGACAAGCCCCAGGUACAGCGGAGGUUGUUUUUAACGUCAUGAAGCUUGCGGAGGAGCAGUACGGCUGGAAAAACGUCCAUCCAAACGCCAAGUUUGCGAUGGACAUCUUGGAUGACUUGGACUCUGAGUCUGAGGGAGACAAUGACAGCGACAUGGAGGAAGACCAAACGGAUAUUGCCGAGGCGCCAAAGAGUCCACGGUCCCUUGCGUCCUUGGCGGCCAGUGAAAAACAACGCAAGGCUAUUGCUAGCAACAACCGAAAAGUCGGAAAGUACGACAAGCUCGAUCCGUUCAUCGACGACUCGGAAAUGUUCUGGGAAGAACAGGCUGCCUCUACCAAGGAUGGGUUUUUUGUGUACUGGGGGCCAUUGGUAGACGAGGGACAGCACACGAGAAUUGAAAGGGCCGACGGGACGGUGAAGCGGGGAAGAGGGGGGAAGAGACCUGGCCCAGCCCCGAAAAGCAAGGUGUCGAAAUAGGAAGACUGUCUUUGAAACCCAAGGCUGCGCGAAAGUGAAAACUUGUCUGGAUAAAGCAUAUCAUCCAAGACACAUGGUAAUACACUUUGGAAGAGGUUCUGUUAGAUAUUUAGAUCAACCGGCUAUUAAGGCUAUGGCUUUAUUAAAUCUGGCUGGUCCUGAAGUAGACCUUCACCCUCGUUAACAUGUCUGUCCUUCAGCAUUUUGAACUUUAUAAUCCCUUGCAACAGUAGCCAAGGUGCAUGGAUUUUAUUUUCACCCUGAUAUAUAUGUUCAAACUCCUUCGCGUUGACACCUGUUUUUUUUUUCGUACUUUGAGGAACAAUAUUUACCCACCUUUACGGUGUUAGUUUAACCAGCUUUCAGACUUUGCCGUAUACGGCACACAUCAUUCUAGCUUCAAACCGUU